GGAGCCGUCACCCCGGGCGGGGACCGAGUGCAGGCAACAACGCGAGGCGGUCCGGCCGAGGGAGGGACCGAGCGACGUGAGAGCGGGGCCCGAGGCGGCCGCUGGCGCCCGAGGAGCCGAGCGAGAUUGUAAACCAUGGCUGUGUGGAUACAGGCCCAGCAGCUCCAAGGAGAUGCCCUUCAUCAAAUGCAAGCAUUGUACGGCCAGCAUUUCCCCAUCGAGGUGCGCCAUUACUUAUCCCAGUGGAUUGAAAGCCAAGCUUGGGACUCAAUAGAUCUUGAUAGUCCGCAGGAGAACAUUAAGGCCACCCAGCUCCUGGAGGGCCUGGUGCAGGAGCUGCAGAAGAAGGCCGAGCACCAAGUGGGGGAAGAUGGGUUUUUACUGAAGAUCAAGCUGGGGCACUAUGCCACGCAGCUCCAGAACACAUACGACCGCUGCCCCAUGGAGCUGGUUCGAUGCAUCCGCCACAUCUUAUACAAUGAACAAAGGCUGGUCCGAGAAGCCAACAAUGGUAGUUCUCCAGCUGGGAGCCUUGCUGACGCCAUGUCCCAGAAACACCUUCAGAUCAACCAGACAUUUGAGGAGCUGCGACUGGUCACACAGGACACAGAGAAUGAGCUGAAGAAGCUGCAGCAGACUCAAGAGUACUUCAUCAUCCAGUAUCAAGAGAGCCUGAGGAUCCAAGCUCAGUUUGCCCAGCUGGCCCAGCUGAACCCCCAGGAGCGGCUGAGCCGGGAGACGGCCCUCCAGCAGAAGCAGGUGUCGCUGGAGGCCUGGCUGCAGCGCGAGGCCCAGACACUGCAGCAGUACCGCGUGGAACUGGCUGAGAAGCACCAGAAGACCCUGCAGCUGCUGCGGAAGCAGCAGACCAUCAUCCUGGACGAUGAGCUGAUCCAGUGGAAGCGGCGGCAGCAGCUGGCCGGGAACGGAGGGCCCCCUGAGGGCAGCCUGGAUGUGCUGCAGUCCUGGUGUGAGAAGCUGGCCGAGAUCAUCUGGCAGAACCGGCAGCAGAUCCGCAGAGCCGAGCACCUGUGCCAGCAGCUGCCCAUUCCGGGUCCUGUGGAGGAGAUGCUGGCUGAGGUCAAUGCCACCAUCACAGACAUCAUCUCAGCCCUGGUGACCAGCACAUUCAUCAUUGAGAAGCAGCCCCCUCAGGUCUUGAAGACCCAGACCAAGUUUGCAGCCACCGUGCGGCUACUGGUAGGCGGGAAGCUGAACGUGCACAUGAACCCUCCCCAGGUGAAGGCCACCAUCAUCAGCGAGCAGCAAGCCAAGUCUCUGCUCAAAAACGAGAACACACGCAAUGAUUACAGCGGAGAGAUCUUGAACAACUGCUGUGUGAUGGAGUAUCAUCAAGCCACAGGCACCCUCAGUGCCCACUUCAGAAACAUGUCCCUGAAACGUAUUAAAAGGUCUGACCGCCGAGGAGCAGAGUCGGUGACCGAAGAAAAAUUUACCAUCCUCUUUGAAUCACAGUUCAGUGUUGGUGGAAAUGAACUAGUUUUUCAGGUCAAGACCCUGUCCCUCCCGGUGGUGGUGAUUGUUCAUGGCAGCCAGGACAACAAUGCGACGGCCACCGUUCUGUGGGACAACGCUUUUGCAGAGCCUGGCAGGGUGCCAUUUGCUGUGCCUGACAAAGUGCUCUGGCCGCAGCUGUGUGAGGCCCUCAACAUGAAGUUCAAGGCAGAAGUGCAGAGCAACCGGGGCCUGACCAAGGAGAACCUCGUGUUCCUGGCACAGAAGCUGUUCAACACCACCAUCAACCACCUGGAGGACUACAACAACAUGUCUGUGUCCUGGUCCCAGUUCAACAGGGAGAAUUUACCAGGACGGAACUACACUUUCUGGCAGUGGUUUGAUGGGGUGAUGGAAGUGUUAAAGAAGCACCUCAAGCCUCACUGGAAUGACGGGGCCAUUUUGGGUUUUGUGAACAAGCAACAGGCCCAUGACCUACUUAUUAACAAGCCAGAUGGGACCUUCCUGCUGAGAUUCAGCGACUCUGAGAUUGGCGGCAUCACCAUUGCUUGGAAGUUCGACUCUCAGGAAAGAAUGUUUUGGAACUUGAUGCCUUUUACGACCAGAGACUUCUCCAUCCGGUCCCUGGCCGACCGUUUGGGGGACCUGAGUUACCUAAUCUACGUGUUUCCUGAUCGGCCCAAAGACGAAGUGUACUCCAAGUAUUACACACCAGUUCCGUGCGAGCCUGCCACUGCUAAAGCCGUUGACGGAUACGUGAAGCCACAGAUCAAGCAAGUGGUCCCUGAGUUCGUGAAUGUGUCUGCAGACUCUGCCGGGGGCAGCGCCACGUACAUGGACCAGGCCCCGUCCCCAGCUGUGUGCCCCCAGGCUCACUAUAACAUGUACCCACAGAACCCUGACUCCGUCCUUGACACAGAUGGGGAUUUUGACCUGGACGACACCAUGGACGUCGCACGGCGUGUAGAGGAGCUCUUAGGCCGACCAAUGGACAGUCAGUGGAUUCCCCACGCACAGUCAUGACCCCGUCUCUCCUGCAGCGUCUCCAUCCUUGCCGGAAGAACUACUCUUGUGGAUGUUUUAAUUCCAUGAAUCGCUUCUCUUUGGAAACAAUACUCAUAAUGUGAAGUGUUAAUACUAGUUGUGACUUUAGCAUUUCUGUGCAUGGUGGCAUCUGUGAAGGGAGUGUGUGUGUUGUGUGUGUGUGUGUGUGUGUGUGUGUGUGUGUAAGUAUGCACGUAGUGGUGUUCCUCUCCCUUGCUAUCCAGGUUUAGCUGCAGCAUUGGGGCUACAAACAGAGGCUGUGCUUGUUUUUAACUUGUGCACAAAGGCAGGCAGUUCUGUGAACCC